GGAAUCACAAGAGUAAAAAUAAUAAUAAACAAAUUUAAAUGAAAAUAAUACAUAAAUUUUAAUGAUAAAACUAUGCGAUAAAACAGUUAUAAUAUGUAAUGCUCGUGUGUUACGAGGAUAUAUCGGAGCUAGGGGUACAUCUCGGUAUUUUUCUCUGCACAUAUCUGUCUCGGCCUACCGGCCUCGACGAUAUGUGCAGAGAAAAAUACCCUCGAUGUACCCCUAGCUCUGAUAUAUCCUCGUAACACACUCUCACACAUACUGUAACUAUUACUUAGUAAGUUUUGCCAUAAUUGUUUCUGUGAUGAAUUUUGAUGCGCUUUUUUUAUUUAUUCAACAUAAACCUAUGCGUAUAUUCAUAUCGUUAUACAGGUCAAGCAAGAAGAAUAACAAUCAAGGUAACCAGUCGACAAAUCCGUAUGAAACUGGUUUUGACAUUUCAUUUGUUACAACACCUGCCACAGAGUCACAGAGACCAGACUCGACGUACGACUUGAUCAGGUUUGAUGACGUGGAAGAUCCAACACCGAGUAACAAAGAGAACCAUGAUAAUACACAGAAUGACUACAUGAGUUUGCUUCGGAGACAAAAAGACUACGAGCAGUUGAGCUUUAUGAAAACUACUGAGCCAAGCCAGGAAUUUAGACCUUCUGCGAUUCCGAAUGAGUAUCAUAUAAUGGCUGACACAGCGGCAGCUGGAAGUGCACAACCUGCCGAUGAUUAUAUGGAACCUAUACAUACUAUUCAACCUUGAAUCCUUUUUUUAAUCCUUCGAACCCAAACACUUCUAUCAGCUUACGCCGUAGAUAAAUGUACAUGACAAUUUGAUAUAUAUGUAUACUUGUGACGCUUACGUUUAUCAUCACAUAGAUUGAAACUGGUCGAUGGACAAGAC